AAUUUCUUCACUUUCCCUACACUUUGGCUUUCUAAUCCUUUUACCUUCAAAAACUUACUUAUAUGCCUCUCUCUUCCACCACAUAACAUCCACAUUUUCUCUCUCUCUCUUUCUCUUGCACACACUCUCAUAUAUGCUUCUUCUUUCUUAUACACAUCACACCAAUUUUUUCCUUAAUUUCUCCCACAUCAAACAUCAUUCACUCACUAUGACAGAUCCUAAGUCCAACAACAUGUUCAAUGAAUGGUUCAACUUCAUGCUCUUCCAUCCUCACUACUCUUCUUCUUCUUCUUCUUCUUCUUCCUCUUUUCAACCCUACCACCCUCUUUCAAAUUACUCAAACAGAUUUGGAAUUCAAUUACAAGGAGCCUCAUCUUCUUCUUCUUCAUCUUUUUCAUCUUCAUAUGCAUAUACAUAUGCAUCAGUUCCUCCUCCUUCUCCUUCUCCUUCUUCUCCUCCUCUCAUAGAGGCUCUUCCUCUCAUCAACAAGAUAAGCCUCACAACAAGUGAAGAGCUUCAAGAAAAUGAAGGCUCACCAAAUGUUGUUGUGGAAGAAGAAGAGAGAGAAGAGGAGAAGGUGGUGGAGAACAAUGGUGGUGAUGAAGAAACUGUGACUGUUGCCCUACACAUAGGGCUUCCCAGAAUGGAUACUUCUUCUGAUCUGGGGUCAUCUAGGGUGUCCUCAACCUGUAUGGAAAUGGGUGAGAAAGAGGAAGUGAACAUGAUUUCUGAGCACCCUUUGGAUAGAUUGAACAAGGGUCAGUAUUGGAUUCCCACCCCUUCACAGAUUCUCAUUGGUCCUACACAGUUCCCUUGUCCUGUGUGCUCAAAAACCUUCAACAGAUACAAUAAUCUUCAGAUGCAUAUGUGGGGGCAUGGAUCUCAAUACAGAAAGGGGCCAGAUUCUCUGAAAGGAACACAGCCAACAGCUAUGCUGAGGCUUCCAUGCUUUUGUUGUGCAGCAGGUUGCAAGCACAACAUUGACCACCCAAGAGCAAGGCCUCUGAAGGAUUUCAGAACUCUUCAAACACACUACAAGAGAAAGCAUGGCAUAAAACCCUACAUGUGCAGAAAGUGCAGCAAAGCAUUUGCAGUGAAAGGUGAUUGGAGAACACAUGAGAAGAACUGUGGAAAAAUAUGGUAUUGCUUGUGUGGCUCUGAUUUCAAACACAAAAGGUCCCUAAAAGAUCACAUCAAGGCCUUUGGCUAUGGCCAUGGUGCCUUUGGCAUUGAUUGCUUGCAAGAAGAAGAUGAAGCAGCUUCUGAGAUUGAACAUGAUGGAGAACAUUCAAUAUGAAACUCAGAAAAAGGAAAAAAAAGAAGAAAAAAAAAACACAUAAAAGGGUGAACUGUUGUUAUAUAUCCAGUUUCAUCACAUGCAUGUUUGUAAUAGACUUGACCUAGUGUCUUCUACUUUUCUUCUUUUUCAGUUUUAUUUUUCCAUAAUCAUGUGGGUUGCUUGCUACCUUCAUUUUAAUUAGCAGAAUAUGUACUUUUUUAA